ACCCAGCACGACGCCAAACCGCUGCCAUGGCGGCACCCCGCGGCUGGGCUCCGCUGCAGUACGGCCGUAAAGCGGCCCCCGCUCCGACCGGGCAUGGGCCGCUGUGUUCCUUUACCCCGAUUGCUGCCUCUCGGUCCGGCCGGGCCGCCGGGUUCAGGUAAUGGCUUCCCUGCUCGGUCUGAGGAGAGGCCGCCGAGAGUUGUCUGCACCCCCAGAGCUGCUCCUGGCACUUCUCGAAGCGUCUGCGGCGGCGUGGGUCGUUGUACUUUCCGUUGUUCCCCUUGGAAACGCUGUCUGUGAGGUGCUUAGGGGACGUGGUGGCAAAUGAAUAUGUCACAGAGCGUUGGUGCUGGAUCUAGGAAAUAUUCUGAAACUGUAAAUGCUGUGAGUCUGUGUCGGACACCCUCCAUAAAUUCAAAACCUACUGUGUGCAUUGAGAACAUGCCAUCAGAAAUGCUGAUUAAGGUAUUUUCCUAUUUGGAUGUCGUAUCCCUGCUGCACGUUGCUUGUGUGAAUAAGCGCUUCUAUCAGCUGGCCAGUGAUAAUGGAAUCUGGCUGAAAAUCUAUUCCAGUUGUUUUCCAGCAAAACGGAGAAUUUGGAAAAAUGAGUUUCUACAGACGGAAUCUGUUCCUUUGAGCUGCACUGUUGUAGAGGAUAGAAAGCCUGGAUACUGGAAGGAAAAAUACAUCCUGAAACAAAUAGCUACUGUCAAAACUAGAGUAAUGCAACUUGUUAAACCUGUAGAUCCAUGUACAGAUCUUCCAUGUAAAAACCAGAAAGCUAUAAAAGCAUCUGGCUUGAGCUGGAUAAUUGUUCUAAAGGACAAAAAUGAAAAGGAACAUGUAAUGGAGAUGGCACACCUAUCAUUUAAGGAUAUGUCUGUUAGUAUAUAUUGGUAUGGCACAAGUUGGCCAUGCUUAGACGUUCUGUCAACCCUAAAAUUAUUUGGAGUUCUACCACUGCUUCCUGACCGAAGCACAGCUCCCAGCAAGAAUGGUCCUCGUCGACGUUCCCUAAUUGCUGAGUAUUAUCUUUCUCACCUGACUGAAAGCAGUGUAGCAGUUGGGUCUGAUAAGCUUGUCCAACUAUUCAGUUUGAAUCCAGGACUUCUUGUAGGCCUGUGGAAGGGAAGUAAUGAAAUUGCUUUUGUCACGGUGAGUCUUCAUUAUCAUCAACUUCUUGAGAGAAGUGCUUUGGGUUCUGCCACAGUUCAGUACGUUCUUCCAACCAAUAAACCUGUGCUGGAUGAUGUUGACCCAGAAUAUGGACUGCAUGACUAUGACCUACAUCUUGAUAUGCACAGUGGAAAGCAUACUUACAUGUGUGGAACAUUCAAGAAUCUCUUCUGCAGAAAAGGUGACAUUGAAAAUGGGUAUUUGAAGCUCACAGUUGUCAACUUAAAGGAUAACGCAAAGCACAUACCUCUUGUUGGGACAGUUGGCUUAUCCUGGGAAACAACUGCCUUUAAAGGCAUUGUAAAGGACUGUUAUAUGAUGGAUGUUACCGUCUUGGAUGAAACUCAUAAACCCUUCUGGUGUUUCAGUGCCCCAGUUUGCAUGAAACUCUCUUCCCAAGUGUCCAACCUUUAUGAUUAUAUGGGUCAUAUCUAUACCACAGACUAUGCAGAUUCAGAAGGUAAAGUCUGUGCUGAGUUGGUGUGGUUGGAAGAAACCAAAGAGUAUUUCAUAGUCAGUCUGGUUCUUUACAUAAGCACUGAAAAGGUUAAUAAUUGGUAUGGAACAAACUACUGAUAUAAUUAUAUUGUUGCUGUCUUUGCUUUAUUAUUAUUAUUUUAAAGUGAACCCUAUGUAUUUCAUGUUUAAGAUUUAAUGUGAGGGGUAAUACUAUUUGCAAGUUUUGCACCUUUGGCUUUUCAUUAGCAAGUAAAAUUGCAUACAUUUGUUAAUUGACGUUGGAUAAAUUGAGGAGGGAUAUUGAUUAAAAACUGUGUUUUUUUUUUUUUUCCCUGUUAAACAUCGUAUAGUUAGCCUGUUGCUGGUAUUGUACAUAUUGAAAAUAUUUUUAGGAAUAAAUGUUUUUUAUGGACACCUUU